CUGCCCUCGCCGCUGCCGGGCGGGCGAGCCGGAGAGCGGACCUGGGCUGCUGCUGCCCGCUCGGCGGCUGGCAGGCUGGACGCUCCUGCAGUUAGGUUUCUGCCCGGGGCGAGUCAGGACAGACGGGUAAUUCUUGCAUCAGAGAGCUGACCAAGUUUUGGGUGACAUGGCCCAGGGGAAUAAUUAUGGGCAGACCAGCAAUGGGGUGGCAGAUGAAUCACCCAACAUGCUGGUGUACAGAAAGAUGGAAGACGUCAUAGCACGCAUGCAAGAUGAAAAAAAUGGAAUUCCUAUCCGUACUGUCAAAAGCUUUCUUUCCAAGAUACCUAGUGUCUUCUCUGGGUCAGACAUUGUUCAGUGGUUAAUAAAGAACUUAACUAUAGAAGAUCCAGUGGAGGCGCUGCAUUUGGGAACAUUAAUGGCUGCCCAUGGCUACUUCUUUCCGAUCUCAGAUCACGUUCUCACACUCAAGGAUGAUGGCACUUUUUACCGAUUUCAAACACCUUAUUUUUGGCCAUCAAACUGUUGGGAGCCAGAAAACACAGACUAUGCUGUUUACCUCUGCAAGAGAACAAUGCAAAACAAAGCAAGGCUAGAGCUAGCAGAUUAUGAAGCUGAGAGCCUGGCCAGACUCCAGAGAGCUUUUGCCCGGAAGUGGGAGUUCAUUUUUAUGCAAGCGGAAGCUCAAGCAAAAGUGGACAAGAAGAGAGACAAAAUCGAAAGGAAGAUCCUCGAUAGCCAAGAGAGAGCGUUCUGGGAUGUACACAGACCUGUGCCUGGAUGUGUAAAUACUACGGAAGUGGACAUUAAGAAGUCGUCCCGAAUGAGAAACCCACACAAAACGCGGAAGUCUGUCUAUGGUUUACAAAAUGAUAUUAGAAGUCACAGUCCUACCCACACACCCACACCAGAAACUAAACCUCCUACAGAAGAUGAGCUACACCAACAGAUAAAAUAUUGGCAAAUACAGUUAGAUCGACAUCGGUUAAAAAUGUCAAAAGUUGCUGAUAGUCUACUAAGUUAUACAGAACAGUAUGUAGAAUAUGACCCAUUUCUUGUGCCACCUGAUCCUUCAAACCCAUGGCUGUCUGAUGAUACUACUUUCUGGGAACUUGAAGCAAGCAAAGAACCAAGCCAACAGAGGGUAAAACGAUGGGGUUUUGGCAUGGAUGAGGCCUUGAAAGACCCAGUUGGGAGAGAACAAUUCCUUAAAUUUCUAGAGUCAGAAUUCAGCUCUGAAAAUUUAAGAUUCUGGCUGGCUGUGGAAGACCUGAAGAAGAGGCCUAUUCGAGAAGUACCCUCUCGAGUUCAGGAAAUAUGGCAAGAAUUUCUGGCUCCAGGGGCCCCCAGUGCCAUUAACUUGGAUUCUAAGAGUUACGACAAAACAACACAAAAUGUAAAGGAACCUGGGCGAUACACAUUUGAAGAUGCUCAGGAGCAUAUUUACAAAUUGAUGAAAAGUGAUUCGUACCCACGUUUUAUAAGAUCCAGUGCCUAUCAGGAACUUCUACAGGCAAAGAAAAAGUCUGGAAACUCAAUGGAUCGCAGAACAUCUUUUGAGAAAAUUGCACAGAAUAUGGGCAGAAACAUCCCUAUUUUCCCAUGCCAUAAAAACUGUACACCAACACUGAGAGCCAGCACUAACCUGUUAUGAAAAGAGGGGAAAACUGUCACAUCUAAGAGGUUAACAAGCCUUGUUCAGUCUUACUAAAAGGAUCACCUUGUAGCAUGGAAGCAGACUGGCAUCGUGGCAUAUACUCUGUAGCUCUUUGAUGUAACCUGGAGCAGAGGACAUUAGACCAAGAUGUUGCAUGAACGGAGGACCUGACUUGUUCUUUUUGUGUGUACAUUUAGCAUCGCCAUCUCCAAGGGACUCUUUGCCAUCUCAAUGCCUCCAUUUCAAACUGUUGUCUGCUCGCUUCCUCUUCCUUUCUCCUCCUAAUCUGGAUCUGUUGUCUUUUCCUUUUUAACAAGUUCAAGUGAAGUAAAACCUUUUUUUCCCCCUCUCUCUUAAAGCUUCUGCUAGACACACUGUUUACUGAUAAUUCAAUCAAUCACAAACUGGAAGAACUGUAAAAGAAAAAACAGCAUAUAUCAAUAUAUAUACAUAUGGCUUCACGUGUAUUAAACAAUAAAUUAGCACAGAAAGUUCCACUUCGCUGGUAUUUUCACAGUCCGAAACAAGCUCACGUCUUUGUCUCUUGUCUGUAUAUUCUCGGUUAAUGUUUCUUGCAUUUAUUUUUAUACCAUAUUUAAAUAAGAAACACCUUUUACUCCAAAUGUAUUAAACUUGAUCCCUUCUCUGUAAAUUUGUGUAUGUUUAUAUUGUUGUUUUAUCUUUCAUUAAAAGAUGCAGAAUCUC